UCAAGGUUAGUCAAUCAUCCGGUGGCCAGGUUGUGGACUUCUGGGCUUUUUCCCUUCCAUCCACCACUUCUUUCCCGCGCUACAUGUCCAUGACGCAUACUCGUUCAACCCUGCAUAAACUUCUGCCUUCGCUGCAGGAGUCUUUCCUCGACAACCGACGAGAUCCAACUCUGACAAUUGUGGAGGAUACGUCCCCCGGAAUCCACGAUGUUCUUUUCGCUGCCUGCUCUCCGGAGCGCUAUUUGCAACUUGGCGCCUCGGCAGGACAUGAUAAUUGCGCGAGUAACUUGUUCGAAGCUGUGAAGAAGAUCGAAGAUCCCUCGUUUCUGUAUCUACUGGAGUUCCUGCAGCAUGGCUGGAUGCCUGAUCCUCUCAACCUAUUCAUGAAUGUGGCUGUCGACAAGAAUAAGCUGACGUGUUUGAACCCGGAAAGCAAGGCGGGAGACCUCAUCACUCUCAUGGCGGAGCAGGACUGUCUCGUCGCCAUGAGUGCUUGUCCCAUGGAUGUGAGCGCUUGUAACGAUGGUGAGCCUACCAGUGUUGAAUUUCAAGUGCUUUAAUUUGAGAUGGAACGGGGGCAUGGUACAUCCGGCUUCACAAAACAUUCUCUGAGUGGCAUUUUUGCAACACAGUUCGAACGUCA